AGCUUUGCCUAGCACGUCGGUCGUCCUUUGCACGAUGGCGGCCCACUAAUUAACUACCAGGUGACCUCUCGUCUACGCCAUUCAUUGUCCAUAAAACGAGUCCGAUGUCACUGCCCUCUGAGAUAGUGUUGGGAUUACCGCGGUGCGCCGACCAAAGUCAAACGUGUGAAAAUUUGUGUCGUCAAGAGUUUGCAAAACACCGGUAGUAUACUGCAGCUCGAUGCGCAGACCAUGCAAAGGUCGGUAGCACGCUUCCGCAUCGCACCUGCUCUAGUUUAUGGCUGCGCCGUCCGCGUCACCGCAAGACGCUUUUCUGCCGCCGUCCCACUCCCAGAGUCAUUCCCGGGUAUCGUCCGCGGUGACGUGCAUGAUUCCGGUUCAACACCUCAUAGCGUGUUGCGGGAACGAAAAUUCAACGCACUCGUAAACAGCCUCUCUCAAGAGACUCCAGACUCUUCCGAAGUUUGGGCUUGCUACGUCGAAUGCACCAACAACUUCGACCACCAUGAUCUCCCACUCGAAAUCCACCAAAAGGUUCUCCGUAAUUGCGUUCCCGAUCCUUCCGUCCUCCGUCCCACUGCUGCCAGUGGUAUGCGCGGCGGCGCACCUCCGCGUGCGCCUCACGUGUACGAAGCACGACUCAAGACAGUCAUUCGGAAUAUUCGUCUCAUGGGCGAGACACCCGCCUUGGAGGACUAUCACCACAUCCUGGCACAGUUUGCAGCAGUGGGACAUUAUACGGGCUCCAUGCAAGUUUACAGCGAACUAAAACACGUCCAUAAGCUCCAACCGACCGAUCGCACCGUGGCCCUCUGUCUGCGCUCGAUAGCACAUCGACUGUCGCUGCCAAUGUAUAAGACACAGCGACAGAGGAUCAUGAACGACGCGAUGAGCUCGUGUCGGAAGCUGCUAGAAGACUUCAAGUGUCUGGACAUACCCAUCACGUCUGUCGUGCUCGACCUCACCAUUCGCAUAUUGAAGGACACAGCCGACGAGGGGGUGUUCUCGCAGGUCAUGAAGAUGGGAUACGGCAUCGAUUUGGACAAUUUGGAUAGCAACAUCGCACCCUCGGAUAGUCAAACCAUCUUGCCAUUCUCCACUGCUGCGCUCAACACGACCCUCGACAUGCUCGGCCGCUUCGGAAACAUCUCUAGGCUCGUACAGGCAUUCGAGGUCCUCACGCAACCUCUCCCUCCCCAAGCAAGCCGUCUUUACUCCAUGGAGUUUGACGACGAAGACGAUUUUGGAGACGUCAAUCCUGCUUCCACCCAGCCUUACCACAGUCCACAUGCAUCGCCUAACACAACCACAUUUAACAUCUUGCUCAGACAUGUCGCCCGUGCUGGACAUACAACAUUUGCCAGACACUAUCUCUUACAGGCGUCACGGCUUGACCGCAUUUCGGACAGAUCGCUCCGGGCUCAACUGUAUUAUACGCCAGAAGAUGUGGUCCCUGUGCAACUCGCGAUCAACCGAGAAAUGAUUCUGUCUGUCCUUGGCUUGGCCAAUCGGAGUAGGGAUCUGACGUUGAUGAGGUUCGUCGGAGUGAUCACGCGUCGGGUGUAUAAGAGGAAAACACAAGAUAUCCACUAUUAUACCCACUUAGAAGAAUGGCUCCAGCACGAUUCCUCGCCUUCUCGCCCUUCGUCAUCGUUAAUGCCUUCGUUGGAUAGUUACUCAUCUGAUGCCCAUUCUUCCCCCUCUCCCUCCGAAAGUCCCGGUGACAAAUCUUCGUCAAACGAAUCAACCACUCCCCCAAAACGAUUCAAAAUGUCCACCCACCUUGCGGUACUCCAAAAGGAUCUGAACGAUGUAGCGACCUUCUAUGUAGACGAGUACCUUCCCGCAUAUGCCCGCAUGAGCCAGCGUAUCAAGGAGCGCCUCAGCCGGCGGGUCCGGAACGACAAGGACGUCUACCUCUCUACGAGGGGUCAACGAACUAAGGUGUUGGCAGAGAACUGGACAGAGAUAGUCAACUACAAAACGGACAAGGGCGAGGUGGCAAAUUCCCUUGGUACCGUCGACUCAGGGGGCAGGUCGGGUGCGAAGAGGCGAAUGGGCGGUAAUGGGUCUAGAGGACUUGCAACGAUCGCCGCGGUGGGAUGCAAUGAUUUUAUACCGCCAGUUCCCCCGCUAGGUUUUUUUGACCCUUCAUACCGUGAGAGCUGAACUCAGCUGGCACUCAAGAGCAGGCACGAGGGUCGGUAAGCCGUGCCCCGGCGGCGGGUGGGAAGGUUCGAGUAUUUUAUGUAUCAUUAAUGGACCGGAAUGCGUUGAGUUCCAGACCCUGACAUCACGGAUGCGAAUUUGCAACUGUCGUACAACCAGCAAGUCUACUGCAAUUUUCCCUGGUCGAUGGCACGGUCA